CUGGAGCGGCCGGGCGGGACGCAAAGGAGCAAGCGGCCAAACCUCAUUGCAGUGUUAUUGCAGAAGCUUCUGCCGGCUGCAAGCAAGCAAGCAUGAGCGCCUCCGUGGCGUUGCACUCCGUUCGCCUCCUUCUCCUGCUGGUGGUUUGGGGUGUCUUGGACGUCGGGAGCAGUAGCAGCAGCAGCAGCACUCCCGCAGCUGAUACUUCGACAGCACAAAAUCCCAAUCAGGAAAGGGCUACCAGCAAUGGAAUUUUCUCUCAGGGAACUUCCACUUCAGCUCCACGUUCCAUUACACAAGCGCCGAUCCUGCCUUUCAAGAAGUAUAAUUUAACCAUGAAGGAUUCCCCCAAAGAUUCAGUGUUUAAAACCGUCAUUUUACAGAGUCCAGCUGAGCUUGAACUGUUGUGUAGUUUGGUUCUGCAGCCUUCUAAGGAUGUGGAAAAAAUUGAGGUUGUUUGGAAGAAGGAGCACCAAAUAAUAAAAAAUGACACAAUCUACAAGAAUGAAAGCAAGAACAGUUGGUGCAGUCGACACGAGGUAAAUGUCACAACAAGAGACCAACUUGGAAACUAUACUUGUGUUUAUAAAACCAAACCUGAAGAAGUUAAUUCUACAUUUCAUUUGCAAGUGCCUGAACCGCAUGGAAAAUCUGAGCGCAUAAUCAGUUACGUAGGCGAUUUUGUGGUGCUGGCGUGUUUGGUUGGCAGUGAAACUCGCCAAUAUAACCCAUCUUCCUGGGUUUGGUAUACAAAGAAUGGAAGCGAACAGGUGGCUAUUAAUACUACUCUGAUGCCAGAAAAGUACGUCAUUACUCAAGAGCAUGCCAACAUAACAAAACUGAAGAUCAUGGGUCUCUCUGAGGAAGAUACUGGGGUUUACUCGUGUGAAGCUAUGUUUCCUCUAGGCGCAAGAAAAGGGGAAGUGGCUCUCAAAGUUCUCACCUAUAUGACACCCCUCAAGCCAUUUCUUGCAAUAGCAGCUGAAGUUGUCCUUUUCGUAGCUGCUAUUUUUGCCUAUGAAGCGUGCACCAAAAAGAAGGAAUUUCAAGUUGAAGAAGUUGAAAAAGAAUUUGAACAGACGGAGACCCUGAAAACGGAAGACAGCAACGGUGUGGAAAAUAGUGCCACCAGGCAAAGAAAGGUUUAAGUUCUUUGUGGAAGGGCGAUGAAAGAAACCUAUUGGAAAUCUGACACACUGGAAAACUUCAGGAAGA